UGAUGAAAAUUAAAAUUAUUAAUUACCACAUUUAACGUGCCGUCUCUCACCUGCCAGUGCAAUUAAAAUAAAAAAAGUGACGGUCAAGUUAAUGCUAGUCGCCCACCUAUAUCUUGUACACACAUGUAUUUUAUGCCCCCCCCCCCCCACCCAAUUAUACAAGGAUUUCAUUUUUCGUCACGAUGUUAGUUGGGCAAUUUGACACAUGGGAAAAUUGACAAAUGGGAAAAAUGGGGGGAAAAAUAGAAAAAAAAUAAGAUGAAAAGGAAUUAUAAUAAAAAUAUUUAAAAGUGAUCGAAUAAAAUCGCUGUUUACAAAAUAUUUCUAUGCGUGCAAAUUCGCACCCCUUUAUUUGCAACCUAAUAAUUUUUGAAUUUUUAUUCAAUUUGAAAAAAAAAAUUGUUACGAGUGUUUUUCUUUUUCCCUGCCGUUCAUUACUAAAAAAUUAGUUCAGUUUAGUUCCACCGAUAAAUAGGUCAUAGGUCCACUAUCGUGGUGGCGCGACAGCCGCACUUGCCACGCGAAAGCGCAGGAGCGAUGCUUCCUCUCCUUCCUCGGCGGCUCCUCUUUCGCAUUCGCACACCUCGCACUCGUCGCAGCGACGCGUUCUCGUUCGGUUUCGUCGUCCAACUCUCCCGCGACUCCCGAACACGAACAGUGCACCAGCAGCCGGCUUCCUUCCGCCUCUGUCUUCGAACCCGGGUGACCCGACCAUGGACAAGCUCUCCAAGUAUGUAAUCUUCGACACGGCUCUUGGAGGCAAUAGGACCGUGAUCGAUCCCAUGAUCAUCAAGCCGCCGUUCAUCGCAGGGAGAACUUUCGACUUGAUGGACAUGGUCACCGUCACCUCGAGCAAGCCAAAUGAGGAGCCUGUCGUCGGCUACAUUCUGCAAAUCGAGGAAGUCGAUUUGACAAGUCAGGCCUCUUCGCUGAUGCCACCCCCCACAAGCACAAAGCCAUCGACAGCCAGUCUUCACCAUUUUCGAUCUCGGCAAGAAAAGAAGAUGAAAAGCUUCGAGAUGCUUUGGGAAGCAGAGUUGCUUCGUCAACAUGCAAAAAUGCUGGAAAUAGAAGCGGACGAAGGACCUUCACCACCGCCUGUUUUCAACCAAGGACAGAAGGGAAAUACCCACCUGAGCCUACGCCUGGGAGCAGCUUUGACUGGUAUUCAAUGCCUGGUCCCAGCACGAGCAAGACUGCGCAGUUCUUCGCUGAACAGAAUGCAUCCUGCAGCAGCUCGAGAUCACAGUCAGAAGAAGAAAGCGAGAUCGCUGAUCUUUUCAGAGAGUCGAGUUUGGAAUUCAACGAUGCUGUUGAGGCUGCCGGACAGUGCCAAAGUCUUGCUCGUCCUGGAGCUCCGGCAAUCAAAUUGACGAUUGCCAACUUCAUGCUGCCGUUCUACAAGCCUUCUCGCAAUCAAAUAUGGAUAAUUCUGCCAUUAUUGGACAUGGCUGUCAGGAAAAGCGAACUGGAAGCUCUGCACAGAAUGCUGAUCGACAGGAAGGAUGACUCCACCGAGACGUACCUACGAGGCCUUGGAUGUUUGUCGCACGGGUCACAGA